AUGGUUAGCGAACAAAUUACCAAAACUGUACUUGAACGGGCACCUAAGCCCACAUUUCCCAAUUAUGAGCAACGAGGUCGUCCUCUCUCUUAUCAGCCCCGUUUCUAUGAAGUCGACAAACAACCAGCCAAUAACUAUGGGUUCCCCGAGCCCGGUAUUCAGGCACCAACUGCCAAACAAGUUACCGCGAAGGACUUCAUGGUGUCAGACCUGACUUGGGAGGAUCUAUGUGUGAACGGCAAGGACGCCAUUGACUACAUUGUCAUUGGAUCAGGAUUUACGGCUCUUGCUUUUAUCGAUGAAACCCUCAAGCGGGAUCCUCGUAAGAUGAUUUUGUGCCUAGAGAGGGGAGACUUUUGGUUGCCCGAUCACUUUCAAAACCUCCCUCUGCCUUUCAAGUAUACUCUUGGAGGACCUAGCGAGACGUUCCCUUUCACUUUGUCUGAAAAGACUUUCAAUAGUCCAGUACGAUUCGUGCACGGAUCGACUCCGUUCUUCGGUGGGCGGUCUACGUUUUGGUCUGCCUGGUCUCCAAGCCCAGACGAAAAAUUGAUGCGUGGUUGGCCAAAAUCAAUGAUCGACACUUCCAAAGAAGCUUCCUUUUUCAGGGACGCAAUAGAGCUUUUGCGCGUCACUGAUGCUAACGAGAUCGGUCCUCCAUACUACCGCGAAGGUCUGCAGAAACAAGUUCACGAACGCCUACACGCUAGCCUCCCUAACAUUCCCACUGCUACUGAAACCCGUAAUGCUCCUAUGUCUGUUUCGCCUAUGGCGCAGACUUCAACAGUCCGUUUUACCAAGUUCUCCACUCCAGGUCCUCUGCUCGGACUAUACAAGAAGCAGCAAAAUCUUGUCAAAGCUGACCCGAAUAAGGCGUCUCCCUUACUCUUUGCGACUGAUACCGCCGUAGAAUUCUUAAUCACCGACGUAGGCUACCCCGGUAAGGUCCACGAGGCAUCUAAGGAUAAGACUGUAACCCUUGUUCGUUCGUCGCGACACACCGACCUUCCCGUAUCCGAGAAGACCAAAAUCAUUCUUUGUGCGGGAGCUUUCCCGAACACAACCCUAGUCCAGAAUAGCUUUGCAUCUAUCCCAGCCCUUGAGAACGCUGGCAAGACGGUCACAGGUCAUUUUUUGAGCCAUAUUGUCGGCCGUGUUCCUCGAAGCGCAUUCAAGGGCCUUAAGGAUUCCAUCGAAAUCGGCGCAGAGUACUUGGCAGGAAAGGACCCCGAAACCGAGCUUCAGUAUCACAUUCAGAUUACUUCAAUCGCUUCUCCUCAUCAGAAUCAAGAUGCAGAAGAUGCAGCUCGCUUCUGUCCAGACUAUGCAGCUUCUGCCAGUGAUGCACAAUUGAAAGAAUCACAAGACCAUGUUAUAUUUGUUUGUGCUACCCUCGGAGAGUUGUGCGAGGGCAACUCCGAGUCAUUCUUUAGGCGCAAUCCCUAUAGCAACAGCAAGGAUGCGACUGCAAACUGCGUACUCCAAGUUGUCCUGGAUGAUAAGGACAAAAAACUCUGGAAUGUUAUGGACCAAGCGACAUUCGAGGCCAUUGAAGUUAUGGCUGGGAAGAAAAACAAGGUUGGGUGGAGGGAAAAUCGCCCAGGGCAGGAUACAAUUCGGAUGGAGGGGAUAGUCCACGAGGCCGGAUUGCUACCUAUGGGAGAACCAGGUGACCGAAAUGCAUGCGUGGACAGCAACUAUAAGCUCAAGGGAGUUUCGAAUGUGUACGUGACUGGAGCAUGCUUGUUCCCGACCUCGGGGUCCUGGAAUCCGACCUUGACUAUGUGCGGGUACGCUCAAGACCUAGCGAAGAAAUUGACUCCUCACCAUGAUCAGCAAUAA